AAAAAACGAAGAAAGAAACAAAAACCUCAUUAUAUAUCAAUUUAAUUGUUCGAUCAUGGCUCGUUACUCUUACAAACUUUUCGUCGUCUCGUCAUUAAAAUUUGUAUCGAAACUUUUGCACUUGUUUUUACGAAAGAAAUUUUGUGAACGAUAAAUGUGAAACAUGAGAGAGGAAUAAGGAAAGAAAAACAGUAAAAAAUAGAAAAAAAUAAAAAUUAAUAAAAAGAAAAAGAAAAAAUAUGGUACAAGCCGAUAGAAAAAGAAAAAAGGAAUAUAUUUAAAAAAGAUACAUUGAAACGCAAUCGAUUCGAGUGCUAUUUUUAAGAAUUAUAUACGGUACAGGUCGCGUAUCUGUAUUUUACAGUCUCUUGAUAAUUCAGCCUAUAUUCAGCUUCAUAUCAAUUGGCCAUAUGCUACUGAAAUAAACGUAGACCUCUCAUGAAUGAAUCUCUUUCGUUAGCAUCGUCGCUUCUGCGACGUCGUGAUGCGAGAGAUUAUGUAAUUUAGAUAGGAAAAAUACGCGUUGAUACGUACCUCGCGGUUUGAAGGAUCGUUUGAAUAUAAAGACGACAUUGUAUAUUGCAUACCUUCUUACACUUACAGAAGAUCGUCUCGGAGAACGAGGAGUAUAAUUGAUAAAACGAAUCGUACGAGUAUUAUCAUAAUUAUAAGCUUGUAAUGCUGAUAUCGGAGCAAUGAAGAAGUUGAAUAAGAAGGUGGAAAACUCGUCGAACGAGCAAAAUAAAAAUAUGUCGGAUGGACAGGUCACAAAUGGCGAUACCUCACCUACUCGUAUCUGCAGAGAUUUUCUACGAAACGUUUGCCACAGAGGGAAACGUUGCAAAUAUCUUCACGAACGUUCGGACGACGAUCCGAUCGAGGGUUACACAUUUUGUCACGACUUUCAAAAUGGCAUGUGCAAUUGGCCGGGUUGUAAAUUUUUACAUUGUACGGAGAACGAAGAGAAACGUUUUCGGGCGACGGGAGAAUUACCGGCUCAUGUUUUAAAUAGGUUGAAAACUAAUGGUGAAAAGUCCGAGUAUCCUCUUUGCAAAGAUUUUAUUAAAGGUACUUGCCAAAGGACACAGUGUAAAUACAGACACGUGAAGAAGGAAGAGCCACAACAUAGUUUGACUCAAACGUCUCAUAACAGUGCGUCAAGACCUCCUCAUAAUUUCAACAGUCCUAGCAAUAACGAAAGUCGUAGAUACGAGGAGGAUAGGAAUUUCCAUUGGCCGAUAGAGGAGCAACACAAUUUAGUCGCAAGCAAUGGCUAUAAUACGUCUCAGCAUCCAACAGAUUACAUAGGACCACCGGAGCCAAAGCGACGAAUAGUUUCCGGUGAGACGGUCGUCCACUUCGAAACUUCGCAAAUCGUUGGUCAACAUACCGCACAGCCGGUUACACCAGGCUAUUAUUAUCCAGUAAUACCUCGUAAUGAAGCUAGGGCUAUUGUUUUAGAGGAUGAAAAUGCGUUAUUACGAAAGAAGAUAGAGGAACUAAAGAAACAGGUCAGCGAUUUGACCGCAACCAAUGAGUUUUUGCUGGAUCAAAAUGCUCAAUUGAGAAUGUCAGGAAAGCGAACUGCGAAUGUGACUGCUGUGACAGUUCCAGCGGUUACAAUUACAAACACCGUUCCACCGUCUCAAGCUCCCACUCCACAACAAAUGGUCAAUGCCGCGGUAGCGGCUGGUACGUUACGUACGGUUACAGCGAGUGUAGCCACUGUUCCAGUAAGCAUAGCUACGGUCGCACCCGUAUCUAUUGCCGCGGUGUCCAUGGCUCCCGUGUCGAUCCCACCACCUAUCGUGACCAUGGCACAACAGACUAUCACGAUGAGUGGUUCAGGUCCACAAGCGACAAAUCAACAACCACCUAAUACGCAACAACCUGCCAGUUUACCUCUUUCAAUAUCAGGUGCAACCGCACCUUUGGUUUCUUAUCCCAUCAUGACUCAAGAACUCAGGCCUGUUUUGCAGUAAUGCGUCGAUCGGAGAAAGCUUUUCGGUUUACUAGGUGAAUCAAGGAAUAGGCAGUUGCUUUCUGUAUUUGUGACUUUGGGGCUCGAACAUUGACCGAAUUUCUUUACAAUAUUAUCUUGUAACGAAAUUGUGAAAAUGCAGAAACCAACGAACUUACGUGUACCUAGCCGAAAUGCGUGUUUGUACAUCUGAAAAAUAACUUUAAUGAAUACCAAAAAAUAUUGAUGGAACUGCUGUUCUCUUUAUAUCGGAAAAUUUAUAUAAUUUAUUAUGCAGGGUAAACGUAAAAACGCGACUCUUAUAGCAGUACCGUUUCCAUGCACUCCUUUAAGAUGUUCAUACAUCUUCAACACGAUUUGUAUAUAUUGCUUCCUUCUGUGGUUCUAAUUUUUCUCGAAUAUCGCAUUUUUACUUCUCUCUUUAGAAAUUUAUUCUGCAAAGUAAUAAAUGAGGAUCGUAUGAAUGUAAUCAGUAUAAAGUAUGAUUGAAAUAUAAAUUGUUUCCGAUUUAUUAAUGCAAUCGAAUAUAUAGAAGUUGGUAAAGAAACAACAAAUCAAUGACUUUUGUUUUAUACGAUAAACAUCACAAAAAUAUCAAUAUACGCGUAUAGUCAUUUGCAAAAUAGGUAAGCGAAUCUGUGAGAAAAAUUGUAAAGUAAGAAAUAUGUAAGAAGGAACUCAUUAAGAUUAUUAAAUUAAUGUAAGUACAAAAUAGAAUGAAAUAUAUUAGAUCACAGUGAAGACUCAUCACUGAAUUAAGGUAGUAACGAACCCUGUAACUGUUUUCUGUAUGCAAGGCUGUAAAUAUUUUGUUGCUUCACUGUUUUCCAAGAAAAUGUUUAUACUCCCAUUUUCAAUAAAUAAGUCGACUAUUCUUAUAAAAUA